GGCGCGGGACCUUGCAGUCAAUUCCCGGGACCUAAGUCCAGCCUCACCUGUGUGAACUGCACGCCGCCCUCAGCCAUGCACUGUGUCCGCGUCCCGCUCGCUACCAUUGGGAACCAGCAGCAGCCGCUGCAGCUCUCGCCCCUGAAGGGGCUCAGCCUAGCGGAUAAGGAGAACACGCCACCCGCUCUCAACGGCACCCGCGUGCUGGCCAGCAAGGCGGCCCGGAGGAUCUUCCAGGAGGCGGCGGAGUCGGUGGAGCCGAAAACUAAAGUGUCUGCCCUCAGCGGGCAGGAUGAACCACUGCUGAGAGAAAACCCCCGCCGCUUUGUCGUCUUUCCCAUCGAAUACCAUGAUAUCUGGCAGAUGUAUAAGAAAGCGGAGGCUUCCUUUUGGACAGCUGAGGAGGUGGAUCUUUCCAAGGACAUCCAGCAUUGGGAAGCCCUGAAGCCUGACGAGAAAUAUUUUAUAUCGCACGUUCUGGCUUUCUUUGCAGCGAGUGAUGGCAUAGUAAAUGAAAACCUGGUGGAGCGGUUUAGCCAAGAAGUUCAGAUUACAGAAGCCCGCUGUUUCUAUGGCUUCCAAAUUGCCAUGGAAAACAUACAUUCUGAGAUGUAUAGUCUCCUCAUUGACACUUACAUCAAAGAUUCCAAGGAAAGGGAGUUUCUCUUCAAUGCCAUUGAGACGAUGUCUUGUGUAAAGAAGAAGGCAGAUUGGGCCUUGCGUUGGAUUGGGGACAAAGAAGCUACCUAUGGAGAACGUGUUGUAGCUUUUGCCGCAGUAGAAGGAAUCUUCUUUUCUGGUUCUUUUGCAUCAAUAUUCUGGCUCAAGAAACGAGGACUGAUGCCUGGCCUCACGUUUUCCAACGAACUUAUUAGCAGAGAUGAGGGUUUACAUUGCGACUUUGCCUGCCUGAUGUUCAAACACCUGCUACACAAACCUUCGGAGCAGAGAGUCAAAGAAAUAAUUGUCAAUGCUGUUAGGAUAGAACAGGAGUUCCUCACGGAGGCACUGCCGGUGAAGCUCAUUGGGAUGAACUGCGGUUUAAUGAAGCAGUACAUUGAAUUCGUGGCGGACAGACUUAUGCUGGAGCUGGGUUUUAGCAAGAUUUUCAGAGUAGAAAACCCGUUUGACUUCAUGGAGAAUAUUUCACUGGAAGGGAAGACUAACUUCUUUGAAAAGAGAGUAGGCGAGUAUCAGAGAAUGGGAGUGAUGUCAAGUCCAACAGAGAAUUCUUUUACCUUGGAUGCUGACUUCUAAAUGAACUGAAGGUGUGCUUUUUGCUGAUUUCUCUUUCCUUUCUCAUCAGAAAAAGCCCUCUCACUCAGUGUAUCACCCGGCCAAAUGCCAUGAAUUAUCCAUAUGUUUGUUAAUAUUCAAAGCAACUUAAAACUAGCUACCUCUG